UCCCUCUUUAUUUAGAUGUAUAUACAUAUAUAUACACAUAUGUAAAGUAUUUGACUUACAAUUAAAAUUUCCCUACCAACCCGGUAACAUCUUUCUCUCUCUCUCUCUCACUAUCGCUAUCCUUUAUAACCUAUUAUUCAUUUUAUAUGCACUCACAAACUGAUGUUCAGCUGUUGCACCGGUUUCACUAUAUGCAGUUUUAAGAUUUCUGUGUAUAGAUAUAUAUACAUCAGAUAGAUGUUUUCUGUUAAUGACGGGAACAACUGUAUUCUUUACAUCCAUAAAUUCUGUUGAAGAAUUUUAAUAAAGACAGCAGUGAUCGAGCUUCUAUCCGAAUGAAUUAUUUAUUAUGAUAUUAGGACUUCGAGAGUGAACAUUUAUUCAGAAUUUCUUUUUAAAGUACACACAUUAUGGCACUAUUCACCCUUCGAGUCUUCAACCAGAUAUUAUCAACACGUUCAAAGCUGCUUCUAUGUCGGCCUACAUUGGUGAGUUUCAUAUCUGGCUACAAAGUUGACACAAAUAUAGAAUUUAAGAAAUCCAAAGUUCCUUUAGCAUUCCACACUGCUCAAGGAUCCGGGCCUCCUCUUGUGUUAAUGCUUGGCUGGAUGUUUGCUCGCAGUCACCAUCUGACGAAAUACAGCAACAUUUACUGCAGUAAAGGCUUUGAUGUGUUAGAGAUCAGUGUAAACCCUCUACAAGUUCUUGUACCUAGUCGAGCACAAGGUUUUGUUGAAAAGAUUUUUGGUAUUUUAGAAAAAGAAGACUAUAUAAAUAAACCUAUUAUUGUGCAUGGAUUCUCAGUGGGUGGUUACAUUUAUGGGGAAAUGCUUGUGAAAAUGGAUAAAGAACCAAAGAAACUUGCAGCUCUCGGUAAACGUAUUGUUGGUCAGGUUUUUGACAGUCCAGUAGAUAAAGAUCGAGUGGCAUAUGGUAUGUCAGUAAAUAUUGGAAAAAAUUAUUUUUCUCAGAGACUAAUCUUCCAUCUAUUAAACCAAUACUUGAAAAUCUUCAAAAAAUCUGUGUCUGACCAUUUUUCUAAAGCCAACCAGGCUUUCAUACAAAAUGCACGAAGGAUUCCUACUCUCUUAUUAUAUUCAUAUAAAGAUUCUAUUGCAAACCCUGAAGUGAUUGAGAGUACUAUAUCUUUGUGGGAAAAUGACGGAAUUCCUGUCCUUUACAAGUCUUGGAAUGAUACCAAACAUGUUAGCCACUUGCAGAAAUAUCCUGAAGAAUAUAUUGAGAUUUUAUUAACUUUCUUGGACCGUUUGCCUCUAAUCUGUGAUUCAAAUGACAAUUGUAAAACUGAUGAGGCAGAUGAUAUACCAGCUCGUUCGUCCACUUCAUUACAUUGAUAUUAUUCUCCUUAGAUUAUUCAACAACCACUUCAAGAUAUUCUUUACAAAAUAUCACUUAUUUACAAAGUACUUUAUUCUGUUGAUAUGACAUUGAUUUUACAAAGUAUUAGUACUACAGAUAUAUCAGUCUUUACAAAAUACUUAUUUUACACUUUUUUUUUCUACUGGUAUCACAUAGUACUUUACAAAGUAUGUUUGUUCUUCAGAUGUAUUAUUAUCUCUAUGAAAUAUUCAUUUGACAGCUAUCUCACUUGUCUACUGCAAGCAGUUUCUAAAUCAUGGCCCAAUUAGUAUUAUUAUAUUAAUAAUAUUCCUUUUGAAACACAAAGAUAUCAAUUGGACACCAAAUGGCAAUGGAUGGCAGAAACAUAGAAUGAUAGAUUAAAUGCCUUAUAAUAUUUAGUUACAUCUCUUUACAUUCUGAGUUCAAGUCUUGCCAAGUUGAACUUUUAUUUUUCACUCUUAAAAUAAGUACCACUUACAUACUAAGGCCAAAAUUGAUCAAAUGAAUACCCUCUCAAAACAUUUCUGGCUUUUGUACCAUUUUUAGAAAUUACUGUUUUUAUUAUUA